AUGUAUGCGAUUAUCCUAAUUUAUGCUUUAUAUUUCAUUACUAAUGGAAAGUUUGAACAUGUAUCAGCAAGAAUCGUGAAGUCAGACAAAUUAUCAGAUUCAUCUGCUUCAAAGAUGCUUACCUUGAAAAUUUUGACAGAUCCUAAUAUCCACAUACCACAGAAAUCAAAUAAUCGAACUUCAUGCAAUGGUACAGAUAAAUGUGAACUUCAAAAAUCAAGCAAAAAUGUUUCUAUCACCACUACGAAUUUACCUCAGACACAAGUUCACAACUCUACAGUAGCUCCCCACGUUCCAACAACAACAACACACCAGAAAAUCUCACAAAAUCAUACAAUUGCUCAUGGAACAAAAGCAACUACUACUGCACAUAUUGCUCAUGGAACAAAAGCAACUACUACUGCACAUAUUGCUCAUGGAACAACAGCAACUACUGCUGCACCUAAGUCAUUCCUAAAAAAAGUUGGUGAUGGAUUUUUUGAUUUGUUCAGUGAACAAGAGUUUCAUCCAAUAAAUCAAAAGAGUUAUUUGUUCAAUUUCUGGUACCUUUUCAGAUCAUCAUUCUUGAAUUUAAAGAACAUGAAAACUUUAUUACUAGGAAGUUAA